AGCAAGAGCAGCCUUCCAAUCACUACCCACGCACGAAGCUAAACCGUCUCAAAGAAAACUACUAGCUAGCACCGAGCAAUGGCUUCCAAUGCGAGCUUGUUGGCCGUGAUCAUGGCGUGCACGCUCCUCAGUGGAAGCCACGGUGCACGACACUUGGCCGACACCACCCCGGCGGCUGCCCCACCCGCUGCGGCUACUGUCCCUGGCCUCCCGGCCGUGCCUACCAUGCCGACCCUACCACCGAUGUCGGCUAUGCCAACGGUUCCGGUCGUGACAGUGCCAGCUAUGCCGACGCUGCCCACGGUGACCGUGCCGCAGGUGACACUGCCUCCUAUGCCUGCUGUUCCUUCUGUGCCCAAGGUGACCAUGCCUCCGAUGCCCGCCAUCGUCGUGCCCAAGGUGACCAUGGCGCCGAUGCCCGCCGUCACUGUACCUAAGGUGACGGUGCCACCGAUGCCCGCCAUUCCUUCCAUGCCCAAGGUGACACUGCCGCCGAUGCCUUCUAUCCCAACCGUCAACGUGCCUAUGCCAUUCCUGGCGCCGCCUCCAUCAGCAUAGGUGUGCCAUGUGCAUGGUGUUGCAUUGAUGGUGUCGCGCUCAGCGCUCUUCAUGUUUGAUCCAGUGCUAGAACACUCGCCUGCUCCUGUGUGAAAUAUUUGUGUUCGCGUUGUAUGUUUUGCAUUUGAAGUAUCAAAUGUCAGUUAGUGAUUUUUUAGGGUUGUCCUAGUACAUAUGCAGUAUUUCUAAGUAUUUAAUGAUGUAUUUAUAUUCUAUCAUUGUUAUAUUGGAGGGAUCAAAACUUCAAAAUUCA